GCAGAGCCUUCUGCCGGGCUGUGCCCCCCUCCACCCUUCAUCCAUCCACCCCGGCACCCCCCUCUGCCCGCCUGCUCUGCUCCCCCUUCUCCCUCCCUACCUCCGUCUGCGGAGUGAGAGAACAAGUGUCGGAUCGGGGAGCGCAUAGCAACAGGAUUCUGGGAUGAAGAAGAUUCGGCAGCAGCAGCUCCGCAAGCCAGUGACACCAGAGCUCCUGGUGAGCCCCAGCAGCCCGGAUGGAGAGCUGGGCUCCCAGUGCCCAGAAGACAGAGGGAACUGGACGGGACGUCUGGAUUUCCUCCUCUCCUGCAUCGGGUACUGCGUGGGCCUGGGAAACGUCUGGAGGUUCCCCUACAGGGCUUACACCAAUGGAGGAGGAGCUUUCUUGGUUCCUUACUUCAUCAUGCUGGCCAUCUGUGGGAUCCCCAUCUUCUUCAUGGAGCUGUCACUCGGGCAGUUCUCCAGCCUGGGGCCGCUUGCCGUCUGGAAGAUCAGCCCUCUGUUUAAAGGCAUUGGCAUGGGCACCAUCCUCAUCGUCUCCCUGGUGGCCAUUUACUACAAUAUGAUCAUUGCUUACGUUCUCUUCUACCUCUUUGCAUCCCUCACAAGCGACUUGCCCUGGCAGCACUGCGGCAACUGGUGGAACACUGACCUGUGCCUGGAUCAUCGCAUCCUCAAGGCGGGGAACACCACCCUCCCCGUCAACAUCUCCAACACCGUCAGCCCCAGCGAGGAGUACUGGAGCCGCUACGUUCUGCACAUCCAAGGGAGCUCCGGGAUCGGGGAUCCUGGCAGGAUCCGCUGGAACCUGUGUCUGUGCCUGCUCCUUUCUUGGACUAUUGUGUACCUGUGCAUCUUAAAGGGAGUCAAAUCCUCUGGCAAGGUCGUGUACUUUACUGCCACCUUCCCAUACCUCAUCCUGCUGAUGCUGCUUAUCCGUGGUGUGACACUGGAGGGGGCCUGGAAGGGAAUCCGCUUUUACCUCACGCCCCAGUUUGACCACUUGCUGUCUUCCAAGGUGUGGAUCGAAGCAGCCCUGCAGAUUUUCUACUCCCUUGGGGUAGGCUUUGGGGGCCUCCUCACUUUUGCCUCAUACAACACCUUUCAUCAGAACAUCUACAGGGACACCUUCAUAGUCACCCUGGGCAAUGCCAUCACCAGCAUUCUGGCGGGGUUUGCCAUCUUCUCUGUUUUGGGAUACAUGUCCCAGGAGCUCGGGGUCCCCGUCAACCAAGUGGCCAAAGCAGGUCCUGGCCUGGCUUUUGUGGUGUACCCCCAGGCCAUGACAAUGCUCCCCCUUUCUCCAUUCUGGUCUUUCCUCUUCUUCUUCAUGCUGUUAACCUUGGGCCUGGAUAGCCAGUUUGCCUUUAUGGAGACCAUCGUGACGGCAGUGACAGACGAAUUUCCCUACUACCUGCGACCAAAGAAAGCUGUUUUCUCAGCUGCCAUCUGUGUUGGCCUCUUCCUAAUGGGACUGAUCCUCACAACAGAGGGCGGGAUGUACUGGCUGGUCCUGCUGGAUGACUACAGCGCUGGCUUUGGUCUCAUGGUGGUGGUGAUCACUACCUGCCUGGUAGUGACACGUGUCUAUGGCAUGAAGAGGUUCUGCAGAGACAUUCACAUGAUGCUGGGCUUCCAACCAGGGCCCUACUUCAGAGCCUGUUGGAUGGUCCUGUCCCCAGCUACGAUGAUGGCACUGCUGGUGUACAACAUCAUCAAGUACCAGCCCUCUGAGUAUGGCAGCUACCGCUUCCCUGCCUGGGCUGAGGCCCUGGGCAUCCUUAUGGGACUCUGCUCCUGCCUGAUGAUUCCUGCAGGCAUGCUCAUGGCUGUGCUGCAAGAGGAAGGGACGCUUUGGGAGCGCUUCCAGCAAGCCAGCCGUCCCACCAUGGACUGGGGCCCAUCGCUGGAGGAGAACCGGACCGGUACAUAUGUGGCCAGCCUGGCUGGCAGCCAGUCCCCCAAACCACUGAUGGUCCACAUGAGGAAAUACGGGGGCAUCACCAGCUAUGAGAACACGGCCAUCGAGGUGGACAAGGAGAUCGAGGAGGAAGAGGAGGAGUCCAUGAUGUGAGGGGAUAAACUCUCCUCUUUACACUUUAGCACUUCGAGCUGGCUCAGGGCUGGGGAGGCUUUUAGGAUCUGCUGGCCCUGCUGGACCCCUCACCACCACCCCAGCCCUGCCAGGACAGAGAUGCUGCCUGUCCUGUCACCCCUAAGGUAUUUGUGUUCAGUGUGGCAAGGUGUACAACGAGUCCAUAUGUUCAUGUGACAAUGUCUGUGCAAGCA